GUGUUUGUUAGCUAAGUCUGUAUAUAUUCUCUAGCUCUGAGUAAGAAUAUCAUUUGAGCGUCAGAAUUGCGUACACAGCCGAGGAAUUGACUUCCUUUGUCGCGUUGCUAUUUUAUCGUUCUUCAUUCCUGUUGUAACCUAGUAAUCAUCUGCAGAAUUUUAUCAGCGUACAAUUUCGAAGUUUUGUUUCAGUGAUUGUUGCUAACUCUAACUAGUUGUUUUGUUUUCAUUUGGUGAUUAUCCAUUUUUUAAUAAGAUGGAAAUGGAAAAAUUACAGGAGUUUAUGGAAUUGCUUGGUCGAUUAAAGCAUAUGAAAAGAACAGGAUGGGUAAUUAGAAAUAUUCCUGAACCAGAAACAAUAGCUGGCCAUAUGUAUAGGAUGGCAAUGCUUUCAUUCCUAGUGGAUAAUAAAGAAAAUUUGGAUAAAGUCAAGAUCAUGCAGAUGGCUUUAAUACAUGACUUAGCAGAAUGUAUUGUGGGAGACAUAACACCUCACUGCGGUGUACCACCUGAAGAAAAACAUAGGAGAGAGGAUGAAGCUAUGGAGGAUAUCUGUAAAUUGUUGGGGGAUAAAGGUCCUAUGAUAUUAGAAAUGUUUAGAGAAUACGAAAAACAGGAAUCACCAGAAGCGAGAUAUGUUAAGGAUUUGGAUAGAUUAGAUUUAAUCAUGCAGGCUUAUGAGUAUGAAAAGAGAGACAAUGUUCCUGGAGAGUUGGAGGAAUUUUUUGUUGCAACUAAUGGAAAGAUUAGACAUCCUUUCAUUAAUAAAUUAGCUUGUGAAAUUACUGCAAGAAGAGAAGCUCUAUGUCACAAUUCAACUAGCCCGAAAUGAAAAAAAAAUUAAAGUUAUCAAAACAAAAAUGAAAAAGUACAAUACUAAUUUAGCCAAUUUUUUCAUCUUUCAUUUGUCAAAACUUGAUGAACAGUAACAUACAAGUUAUAAUAUUAAAUUUUCAUUGCACAGUCGUAAAUAAUCCGAAGAAAAAUAUUAUAAAUUUUAUAAUUAUUCGGUUAGCUUCGUUUUAUAAUGAUGUGACAUUUUUACGGAAAAUAAAGAUUACCUUUGUGGCCUUUGAAUGGCUUUUAAAAUAAUGUAUUUCAAUAGUGCAAUAUUAAUCUUUAUUUUCUGCAGAAAUGAAAUUAAUUAAGAAGUUAUGGUAACCUUUAAUUGAUAACAUUCAUAACAAAAUUAUCAAAUACUACUUGUUACAUUGGAAUAAUCCUAGUUUUAAAGUAUAAUAUUAUAUAUUUAAAAAAAACAAAGUUCUUUUAAUUUGUUACAAUAUAUUUGAUUUUACGGGUUUUUUUUGUUGAGUGAAAUUUAAUAAGUGAGAAUAAGUUUAAGAUCAUGUUCAAGUAUUUUAAGUUUGUGGUAAUAUGAACAAGUUCAUAAGUAACCAAGUAUAUUUGUUAUUUGACAGAUAGUUACCAUACCAAACGUUUAUGAAUUAAUUUAUUAUUAUUACUAUUAUUUAUUUAUGAAAGUAAAUAAAGUUUUCUAAAGUAAAA